ACGCGCUUCUCCCUCCUCCUCCCUCAUCCUCGAGGCCCGCGUGACGCACACAAACACCACAGAACACUCCUCGCGCUCCUCUCUCGCGCCUGCCUCGUUAUGUCUUUGAUCCCCGCCGCCCUUCCAUCAUGCCCGCUGCCGAUCGCUACCUGCCGCCGAUGCUGCUCCUUUUCCUGCCGUCCUCGCUGCUGAUCUGCAGCCUGGAUGGGCUGGUGAGAGCGGAGGAGGAGGGCGGAGGCCUGUCCUCAUCCCCCGCUUCCUACGGGGACAAUGGCCACCCUGCCACUGAGGGAGACACCUCAGCUCUGACUACAGAGACCCAGUUUUCCCUAAAGGUGCUGGUGAGAGACCUGGUGACCCGCCGGCCGUUGGCAGGGGCCUCAGUAGACGUCUACUUGAACCACACCUUCAAGAGUUCAGCCCAGACAGGCGAAGAUGGGGAAGUCCUGCUCUGGGUACCGUACAACCCGGGUGUUAGUUUGACUCUACUGGGCGUUAAGGAGGGAUAUGUACCCACCCCACUGCCUUGGAGCACCACCAAGAGACCAAUUUUCUCCGCUGUAACUUUGCUGCUGCUCCCUCAUAAUCAGGGAAACAUCUGGCUAUUUGAAGACUCUGUUCUUAUCACCAGGAAGUUACCCGACAGUACCUCCCAACCGAGGAUCAAGUUCCCCAAGAACCUCCUCAGCGUUCCAGAUAAAAGCAACAUCUCUUCAUUGAUGGCGUACUUGACCGUGCCGCAGCACCAUCUGGCGAAGGAUUGCGCCAAUUGCACCCCGGGCAUCGUCAGCAGUAAAUCAGUGCUUAGAAGCAUUGAGCUAAAGGCAUUGGCGGCCAUUAGCGUUCAGUUGUACUCUGGUGGUGAGGAGCUUGAGGUUCGAGGGCCCAUCCAAAUCAGCCUGCCGCUGGGACACAACAGCCACCUCAGAGCCUCGAAUACAGUACCCGCCUGGGCCUUCAACAUGAAAACAGGUGCCUGGGAGAAUCAUGGUCUGGGGAUAGUUGAAUCAGUUGGUAAUGAGCUGGUUUGGAAGUACACAGCAUCUCAUCUGGGCUACUGGAUUGCUGCCCCCCAUCCUUCGGCAAAAGAUUAUUUUGGACAUGCAAGCUCUAUGGAUUUCCUCUCUUACCACACCUAUCUUUUGGUGGGAAUACUGGGAGGAACUCUUGCCAUAGUAAUUGGAUUCCUGUCCUUGCUUCUAUGUCACUGCGGCAGUUCCAGUCGAGAACCCAAAAGGAGGAGAAGGGCCCGCUUUUCAAAACUCACCGUGGUAAAGAAAGACCAAACAACCUCCACCCACAUGGAGGAAGGUUUGCUCCUCCGAUCUGGUGACAACAGCCUCACCUCUUGCAGUGUCCAGUGUGAACCAUCCACACCAAGACACAAAGCCAACUAUAACAUCUAUGUGGAGGAUCCAGGGAGUCUGGCUGCAGCUCCUCUUUACGAUAAUAUCGCUUCAGAUCGGAUGAAGGGACCUCAGCCUCCGCCACACUACAUUAACAGUGAGGAAGUGGCUCGGAUACGAGAGAAAGCAGAUCAAAAUCGGGCCAAUUUAAACUCCGACAGCUUCUUUCAAGAUAAGCUGGUUCACAUCUACAACCAGCCGUUGGCAAUUAUUCAGGCUCCGGAGCUGUUUGGUGCUCAGGAGCAGCAGCUACCAGGCUGCAAGUCUGCCACUUUCCCCAGGAAUGGAGCUGAGUAUGAUCCUCAUUCUGAGCCUGCAAGUAAAGACAACUACACCCAGACGCUACCUAAAGUCCACUCUCAGGGCGGGAGCAGUCCGCAGCAGAGCAAUCAAGAUGAACCUCAGCCUCUGGAGACUCCCCCACCCGGACAAGGUCCUAACGCUAGUGUCUGGGGACGCUACUCUAACCUCUUAGAGUCCUCUGUUUCUGUUCCAGGGACUCUCAAUGAAGCAGCUGGUAUGGAGUCCUUUAGUAGCGGCCAUAGCAGUGAGCUACAAGGGAUUUCUGAGCGCACCUUGCUGGAGUUGACUCGUGGGAAGUCCUCAUCAGCUCACCCCAGGGCUUGGUUUGUUUCUCUGGAUGGAAAACCGGCUGCCCAGGUUCGCCACUCCAUCAUCGAGCUCCAGAGCCGGCACAGGCCGCCAAGUAGCAACGACACCAGCCUGGACUCUGGCGUAGACAUGAACGAGCCCCAGCAGAACAUCCGUGACGUGGAACGUGAAAGGCCAUCGAUGAGGGCCUCCUCCCUGCCACAUCACGGCAGAGGAGGCCGGUACGGGGAGGAGCAGGACCUGAGCAGCAGCGAGAGCGGCACCACUGCCACUUGUACACCUGAGGACCCUUCCCUAAGGAACAUUCUCGAUGGAAGCAGUGGGGCUAUUCCCAAUAUUCCCGAAGAGCGAGACGGGAUGGAUACAUCCAGCGCACAAGAGGACAGUGAGUCGAGAGGUACGCCGCCACCUCGGCGUCUUCGGAAGGUCAGAGAAAGAGGGAAGGCGGACAAGAGGAGUGCCAAGCACGUCCGGGAGGGAAGACCUUUGACCAAGAGAAGUUAGAGCUCAUUUAUUUUAGACAUAUUGUUGAGUGACUGGACUGAGCUCCUCAAAUUUGUGUUUACUUAGGCAUCGUUGUUGUUGAGUCACGUGAUUGUACAACUUUGCCAAAGAAAGCUUAAGCUAACUUAAGAUGCACAUCAGCAUCUACAGUGUAUUACACUGACUCCUGAUGCAGAUGCUGUUUAAGAAGUUUCUGCACCUUGUUCCCUCAAAUCUGAAGAUCACCAGCGAGAUUCUUCAAAGCUGAUAUGUAACAGUUCCUAGUGUUUGCAUUACAGAGGGUGCCUUCUUACAACCUGUAAUCAUGAAAUGUAAUUUGUUUUCUUGUAUUUAUUGAGAAUCUGAUCAAUCAGCAGGAUGGACAAGUGCACCUACCCUCACCAUAAAUGCCUGCUGUAAAUUGAACAAGUAGCUUUCCUUAUUCUCAGCGCUUUCACCAGAAUUUGAACACACUGCCUCAAAACAGAAGGACUUCUGCACUGAGCUGGAGAAAGACCACACAGCUGCCACAUAAUGUUCACAAUAUUCAAGAUUUUAGGACAAGAGUUACCUUUUCUUUGCAUGAAAAUGAAAGUCUCCUUUUAUGAGCGAGACAAAUAGACUGAGAUAAAAAGAGAUCGGAAUAGCUUUUAGAGGACUCUGUGAUUGAUUGUUUUAUUUUAUUCUCUGGUUUAGCCAGGAAACUCAUGUUUGUGCUGCCAAUUGUAACCAUUCCAACUCUGGGAUUUCUAUGCCACAGUUAGAGAGUAGUGAAAGAGCCAAUAUUUGUUUGUUUCUGAUUUUAGAAAUGUAUUCAGGGGAUUCACUUUAAUGGUUUUAUAUGCUUUAAUAUUUGUAAAAAAGUUUUUUUUUUCUUUUUUUUCCACCGAUACAGGAUCUUGAUUUUCUUUGCCAUAUUUGUGCAUGCUUUGAAUGAACUGUUAUCGAAUGAAGGGUUGAAGUUGGCACACUAAUAUUAAUUGAGCCUUUGCUUGCCAAUGAAGUUAAGUCAAAGUUCUUAUGGCCCUUUUCUUUUGGUACUAACUUUAUUUGCCUUGUUUGGGUUUGUGUUUACUCUCCAUGGGCGGUACCACAACAGUGUCAGUGGGGUUGCUGUAGAAAGGUGACCAAAAACACACAAUACAACAAUGGAGGACCCAAUGACUAGUUAUGGCUUUGUCAGAGUCAUAGUAAAAGAAGAUAUCCAGAAAAGAUAAGAGAAAAAGACUGGAUAAGUACAGGAGAGAGAGUAAAGCAAUGAAACUGAAGGAUAUGCAUAGGAUAAAGCAUGAGGCUAAGCUAACGCUAACUAAUGCUGACCUAAUGCUGGUUAAACUAAACCCAGCGUAUUGCAAUCCUUCUGUGAUAUAAACUUGCCACUGCUGACUCCAUUCCUUAGCCAACUGGUGACCAGCAGUCUUAUUACAUCACAUUUUCAUCAACUAACUUGUAUGGGUAAAAGGUUGCUUUUAAAAAGGAAAUAUUUUUCAGAGAAAAAGCCAAAUUGAAACGGGCGGAGUUGGUUCUAAUAGAAAAGGGCUAUUAUCAUGAGCAAUAUAGAUGCUAAGGGUUGUGGUUUUACUGGUUCUUUUUAUGCAGCUGGACAUCAUGGGAGCUGGGCAGGAUCAAGAAGUAUGUUUUGACCAACAUGGGAAGUCAUAACUGAGGGUUUUGGGUUGGUAGAAAAGGUCCAGUCUGAUCAGAUUUGUCAUCUUAUUGGUCAGAUGUAGCAAAGGAUACUUAAAAUCAUUAUGAACACCUUCCUCUGCCAGAAAAAAAGAACAUUGCACAAUUUCAGCUGUUAUUGUUUAGAUUUAAAUAAGAUCUGGGAUCAAAUCUUAAAACCUUGCUUUGUAUGGACUGGUAUAUAAAGAUGGUUAAAGCUCACCCUUUGCUAUUAUGCCUUUAAUCCACCAAAGGAGAAAGUCACGAAGCCAAGUUUGCAAGUAUGUUGAUGUAAAGCGAUACCCAACAGUGCUAAUGCCAGUUAAACAUCUGGGUAAACAAAGUAGCUUUACACACCAGGGCAGCAGUGCUUUAAAUCAAUCACUGCACAUUAGUGAGCACCUUUAGCACACAUUAGAUGUAUCACCAAAAAGUAAAACAUAAGGACUUCCGCCAUGGGUAGAUUUAUUCAAAAUCUCAUUGUCCAUGGAAGGAAUGAAAAGGCUAAAAAAUUAUCACUAAAUUCUAGGUUUUGUAUAUUCCCUGAUGCUGACCAAAUGUUGUGUAAUCAAGACCAAUCAGCUUUUUAUGCAACCUAGUGUGAACUCAACUGGUAAAGAUGCUAAACAUAAAAUAUUCACCAAUGUCAACACUCAUUGCACCAAAAUUGGGCUGGAAUCUAUAUCGUCAUAUAUAUCAGUAUUGGCCAAUAUUGGUCCUUUUUAAAAAUACCAGUUUAGUUCUGAUGCGUAAAUCUUGGUGGAUGUUAACCAAUGUUUAUAUCUGUUUAUUUUUCUUUCCUUAAGGGGAUUGGUUCUUUGGUAUUACUAUGGUCACGUGACAGGGACUGUGAUGCAGCUCAGGACUGUAAGUUUUUACAGGUGCAUAGUCGCGUUAUUUGACAUUUUUGAAUUUUAUACACUUGUUGCAUACAAAUCUUUUCCGAAAGUUUACCAUGUCCUGCUGCCGUUCUAUUUGUUAUUUUUUUGUGUCUUACACUUCGUUUUUGCUUAACUUGUUAGUAAAUAAAGCCCUUUGUUUCUAUUUAAAAAGCUAGGCCUAAAUGAAUGGAUGUGCGACUAAAAACCUUAUUAAUAUGGAUGAUAGCAAUAGCAAUGUUAUUUUUAGUCUCUACAAUCAAAUCUAUUUUAAUUGGAUAGAAUGAUAUAGAUUGGGUUUAACCUUGAUGCUGUCUUUUUGUUUGUGUUUGUUAGGAACGAGAAUAAUCUUUCUCUUUGAUAUUCUGAUAGGAGGAGAUAGAGUUGCUAUAGAUCUGUUUAUUUAAUUAAUAUUUGCUGGUUUUCGACCAUACCAAGCUGUUUACUGUGAGACACUGCAGGACACUCACGCUCUGCUAAGAAGUUGCUUUCUGAUAGUUCUUCGUACUACCAGCAGAUGGCCCCACGCCUCAGUUCAUCGCACCUGGUGCUGGAAUUCCAUUUAGGCUCAAAAGGACUAGCUAAACACUAUCAUGAGUAUAUAUGACCUUAUUUUACCUGGAUCAUAGGUGUUUUUUUUGUUUUUUUUGUAAAGGCAUAUAACAUGACUAUGCACCUUUAACUGAAAAAUAGAAGCAAUAGCACUGUGGUUGGUUUUUAUGUGUCAAAACGGUAGGAAAACAACUGAUAUAUGAGGUUGGUUUUAUCAAGUAUUGGCCAUAACGGCAAUAUCAAUAUGUCGGAGCAUCCCUUCAACAAAAUCUCUUUUAGACAAAAUUGUUAAUCUAUUUUAGGCUAAUUUCAUAAUGUAGUUAAAAUUUAUAAGGCAGACCGAAAGUUUGGAACAACAAACGCAUAUAUCGGUCUACUUUGCAACAAGAUUGUAACUUAGAAAUACAUUUUGCUAUAUAUUUUUUUUCUUUUCUUCCUAACCACUAUUUUCUUUUUUUCAUGCCUUUCUUUAAAAGAAAGAAAGGCAUUUAAGAUACAGGAUACCUUAGCAUUAUCAUUAGCUGUUUUUCAACGAACGGCUCAAGUCAUUAACUCUGACUCAAAUGAACCAUGAGUGAAUAUUUCUGGCCAACCAACUUAGGCACAGUUAGUCUUCCAUUCUAGUUCUACUAAAACUUGCUUUUAAUAAUGAUUUCUCUUUGAUUCUGUACAUUGUAAAGUAUUAUCUUUUUAUAUGUAAAUACCAUUUUCAGUGAAACAUGGCUGUGAUUUAAUCAUCUUGUGUUUGUUUUCUUCCGUCUGAGAGACGAUUGACCGAUCUGUUCACUUGACAGAUGUGUUGUUGUAUUAAUGUGACUUAUUUCAUGGUUGUCUUUUUUCAGGGGAAGGCUACGAAAAGCUUGAACUUUCUAAGAGGAGCUGUAGCUUAUAAAAAAACCCACAAAAUACACUCAUGAACCCGCAAUUUGAAAACACCUUACCCUGCUUUUCAGUGAGAACACUUAUGCGGAUUUUCUUGUUCUGUACAACAAACCUACUGCCAUUCUGACUAUCGAAUGAUUAAGGUGAAUGUAUCUGUAAUAAGUUUGAUGUUCUUCUUCUUGUAUUGUAGUCAUCCAGCAUCAUCAGCUUUUGUGCUACGGAGUGAAUUUUGUUCCAUUAUUUUUGCAAGCAAAUGACAUGUUUUUUUAAUAGAAAUCUAAA